CAGGCCCUCGCACAGGACCUCGCAGGCUCCCUCCACCCGCCAGGCUCGCCCGAGGCCCAGCGCAUGCGCGUCCAAAUCCUCCACUCCAAGCACGUCGUCCUCAGCGGCGGGCUCUGGAAAAACCACGUCGCGCGCUGGCUCCUCGACAGGGGCUUCUGACCUGGGACACUCGUCUGACACGGCUGGUGACACCGGUACAAUAUGAACCAACACCCUUAGCUAUCUCAAUCUGAUCGCGCUUCCGUGUCCAUACCCGUGCCACCCUGUCUGCGUUCGGAUGUCCCUGUCCCAUCCGGAGCACCUUCGCCCGCCUUCCAUCCUGAUCCUGAUCCCCUCCGCGCCUGCCGCGCGACCCGCCCGAAGCGAACCGAAACCGAACGCAAAACAGCCGCGUCCACACAACAACCAUUGCCAACUUGCCAAAAAAGAUGCUCGACUGCGCCCGCUUAACCAUUCACGCCAGUGCCAUCGCGCGCGAAGCCACGGCGUGGCGUGCGGCGCCCUCGUGUGCAGACACAGACGACUGUCACAGACAAGGGUCCUAGCUACCGUAGCCCUGCCGCUCGCUCGAACCAUAGCACUGCUGUAUAUACGCCGCUCCCCACGUUUACGCGCACUCGCCUCAUCUGAUCCUCGCCGCCACUCAUCUGUCCAGCACCGCGCUUCUCCCGUGCCCGGAUGCAGCAUACCGUUGUCCAUCCUAUCGUCAUCCGCGGCACGCGGCCGUCGCCCUAUCCCAGUCAUCUCCUUUGUGUGCGUGGCUUUUCGUGGCGCGGUGGGCACCGGGCCUGCGCAAAUGAAAUCUUCGCUAAUCCGAGCCCUAUCUCGCGCGCACGGAAGCCCAGCCAUGUCUGCGCUCGCCACCGGCUGCUCACCUGAGCCGUCCUGGUUGAAAACUGACGGUCGGACCAGCGUCGCCGCCGCCGCGCACGCGGGCUCGGAAUUCAGUUGACGUUCUCCCUCGCGAUCCGCCUACGCCCAGUGUAGUCAGGUCUGCUUCUCCUGACUUGGCCAUGGCUUAUCCUCCGGGAUCCACCCCGCCGCCUUUGUCAAUGGCCGGGCUCGAUGGCGCGUUCCUGUGCUCCUAUUAUGCCCAAUGUUCUGCAUAUGCAGAUAGGUAUGGUGCUCAGGCGGUGGCGCGUACAGGCACACGCCCCGAUCACGC